UUUUCUAUUGAAUCAAGGCUCUCAGAGUUCCAGGGCCUGGUGUACAGAAUGGUUCAAGCGAGUGAUCGGUACGGGUAAACUUCCGAGUCUCUGGAAGAAGGUGAACGCUUUCAAGUUCCCCUCUCCGUCUCUUUUAAAACGCGCAGUUCCCCGUGAAUGUAGAAGGUCGUCAGGAUCCCCCAGAUCGCGAAAUGUGGGAAUGGAAGGCGCAAACUUUGACUCGCCAUCGCUACGAGGAGUAUGAAGUUUGCCAGACGGAGUCUACUUUGCUGAGGAUUAAAGUGGCCCUUUGGUGGGAGCUCAGACGGUGUGUUAAGAUACUAUCCCAGUCCCAUCCGCAACAUGGCCUCGGCUGUUAACACUGCGGAGCGCCGAAGGACAGAGCAGGACCAUGUUCAGGAAAACAGGAGGAAAAGAACGAGAAACCUGCGGCAUCCGACAGCGGUUUUAGAUUAUCUGGAACGGCCGAGCUAUUGCGAUGCUGCCUUUGCGUUGGAUCAGAUCUCAAAGGGAAAGGCUACUGGACGGAAAGCACCGCUGUGGCUUCGAGCUAAGUUUCAAAAACUGUUAUUUAAACUGGGCUGUUACAUUCAAAAGAACUGCGGAAAGUUCUUCGUUGUCGGCCUCCUGAUAUUCGGGGCUUUCGCAGUGGGAUUAAGGGCUGCUAACCUGGAAACCGAUGUCGAGGAGCUGUGGGUGGAAGUUGGUGGAAGAGUGAGUCAAGAGCUAUCAUACACACGACAGAAAAUAGGGGAGGAAGCCAUGUUCAAUCCUCAGAUCAUGAUUCAAACAUCUCCUGAGGAAGGUGCUAGUGUUCUAACAGUUGAAGCGCUGCAACAGCAUCUUAACUCUGCAUUUAAUGCCAGCAGAGUGCAAGUUUAUUUGUACAACAAAAAGUGGACCUUAGACAACUUAUGUUAUAAAUCAGGAGCACUUGUAACAGAAACUGGUUGGAUGGAUCAGCUUAUUGAAAAAUUGUAUCCUUGUGUAAUAAUCACACCUUUGGAUUGUUUCUGGGAAGGUGCUAAAUUACAGCAGGGAACAGUCUACCUGCCAGGUAAACUGCAGUUGCAAUGGACGAAUCUUGACCCCUUAGAAUUCCUGGAGGAGUUGAAGAAUGUGAAGUAUGAAGUGGGUGGUUGGGAGGAGAUGCUGAACAAGGCUGGAGUUGGACAUGGUUACAUGGAUCGCCCAUGCCUGAACCCUGCAGAUCCAGAUUGUCCACUUACUGCCCCUAAUAAAAACUCAACAACACCUUUAGAUAUUGCCCGGGUAUUAAGUGGUGGUUGUCACGGGUUGUCCAAAAAGUACAUGCAUUGGCAAGAGGAACUAAUAUUAGGAGGUACCACAAAAAACAGCACCGGAAUACUACAGAGUGCCCAGGCUUUUCAGACUAUGUUUCAGUUAAUGACCCCCAAGCAGAUGUAUGAGCACUUCAAGGAUUAUUACUACGUUUCGGAUAUCAACUGGAAUCCGGACAAAGCUGCAGCAAUUCUAGAGGCCUGGCAAAGGAAAUAUGUUGAGGUUGUCCAUCAAAGUGUUGCACAGAAUUCAACCCAGAAGGUUCUUUCAUUCUCUACUACUACCCUUGAGGACAUCCUCAAGUCAUUUUCCAGUGUCAGUGUUAUACGAGUGGCUGGUGGCUAUCUUUUAAUGCUUGCCUAUGCCUGUUUAACCAUGCUACGAUGGGACUCCGCCAAGUCCCAGGGUGCUGUCGGACUGGCAGGCGUCUUGUUGGUUGCACUGUCAGUGGCUGCAGGAUUGGGUCUAUGUUCUUUGAUUGGAAUUUCCUUUAAUGCUGCAACAACUCAGGUUUUGCCUUUUCUUGCUCUUGGCGUGGGAGUGGAUGAUAUCUUCCUUUUGGCACAUGCAUUCAGUGAAGCAGGACAUAAUAAAAAGAUUCCAUUUGAGGACCGAACAGGAGAAUGUCUAAAGAGAACUGGAGCAAGUGUGGCCCUUACCUCCAUCAGCAAUGUGACUGCCUUUUUCAUGGCUGCUUUAAUACCUAUCCCUGCCUUAAGAGCAUUCUCCUUACAAGCUGCUGUUGUUGUGGUAUUUAACUUUGCCAUGGUUCUGCUCAUCUUCCCUGCUAUUCUCAGCAUGGAUCUCUACCGCAGGGAAGUUAGGAGACUUGACAUCCUCUGCUGUUUUACAAGUCCUUGUGCCAACCGAGUGAUUCAAAUUGAGUCACAAGCUUAUAGAGAUACCAAUGACAACCAUCCUUGCCAACCACCACCACCGUACAUCAAUCAAAAUUUUACCCAUGAGACUCAAAUUACCAUGCAGUCUACUGUCCAGUUACGCACGGAGUACAAUCCUCACACCCAAGCUUACUAUACAACUGCUGAGCCUCGAUCUGAAAUAUCUGUUCAACCAGUCACUACAACUACACAGGAUUCACUUAGCUCUCAAAGCCCAGAGACUGCUAGCUCAACACGAGAUCUUCUCUCCCAGUUUACAGACCCCAAUAGUAACUGUGUAGAUCCACCCUGCACGAAAUGGACUCUCUCUUCUUUUGCUGAGAAGCAUUAUGCACCACUGUUGCUAAAGCGAACAACAAAGAUUGUGGUCACAUUGCUUUUCUUGGGUUUACUUGGGAUCAGUCUGUAUGGAACCACAACAGUCAGAGAUGGUCUGGAUCUUACUGACAUUGUACCUCGUGAAACACGAGAAUAUGACUUCAUCGCAGCACAGUUUAAAUACUUCUCUUUCUAUAAUAUGUACAUCGUAACUAAACAAGAAACAGACUAUCCCAGUGCUCAGCACCUGCUGUACUAUCUCCACAAAAGCUUCAGAAAUGUGAAAUUCAUUUUAUUGGAAGAUAAUGGAGAGCUUCCAAACAUGUGGCUGCACUACUUUCACAACUGGCUAAAAGGUUUGCAAGACACUUUUGAUAGGGAAUGGCAAGCUGGGAAGAUUACUCGCAACAGUUAUAAAAAUGGUUCUGAUGGUGGUGUUCUGGCAUACAAGUUGUUAAUUCAGACUGGCAACAGACAUAGGCCAACUGACUUAAGUCAGUUGACUAAACAACGCCUAGUGAGUGCUGAUGGAAUCAUCAACCCAAAUGCUUUUUACAUCUACCUGACUGCCUGGGUCAGUAAUGACCCUGUGGCUUAUGCUGCAUCUCAAGCCAACAUUCGCCCACACCCUCCAGAAUGGGUGCACGACAAGACGGAUGACAACCCAGAAACUGCACUCAUAAUUCCAGCAGCUGAACCCAUUGAAUACGCCCAAUUUCCUUUCUACCUCAAUGGACUGCGUGAGACUUCAGACUUUGUGGAAGCUAUUGAAAAAGUCAGAAAUAUCUGCAGUAACUUUACUAAUCAAGGACUUGCCAGUUAUCCAAACGGAUACCCAUUUCUGUUUUGGGAACAAUAUGUUGGGCUCCGACAUUGGCUGCUGCUGGCCAUCAGUGUGGUCUUGGCUUGCACUUUUCUGGUGUGUGCUCUUUUUCUCCUGAACCCAUGGACGGCUGGGAUCAUUGUAUUAGUCCUAGCACUGAUGACUGUGGAACUUUUUGGAAUGUUGGGCCUCAUUGGGAUAAAACUGAGUGCAGUUCCUGUAGUGAUCCUCAUUGCCUCCGUUGGAAUCGGGGUGGAAUUCACUGUUCACGUUGCUCUGGCAUUUUUAACAGCAAUUGGAGAUAAGAAUCGACGGGCAGUUCUUGCUUUGGAGCACAUGUUUGCACCUGUAGUAGAUGGAGCUGUAUCAACUCUUCUUGGAGUUCUCAUGCUUGCUGGGUCUGAAUUUGACUUCAUUGUCAGGUACUUUUUUGCAGUCCUGGCUAUUUUAACUGUUCUGGGUGUUCUCAAUGGAUUGGUGCUACUUCCGGUCCUUCUUUCUUGCUUUGGACCAUAUCCUGAGGUUUCACCUCUAGAUGGAAGAACCCGGUUACCUACUCCACCACUAGAGCCACCAGUUCGAGUUGUGAGGUUUGCUGUCCACCCUGAGCAAGGAAAUAAUGGCUCUGACACCUCAGAUUCUGAAUACAGCUCACAGACUACAGUUUCUGGAAUCAGUGAAGAACUUCAUCAUUAUGAAUCCAAUCCCAGCUCAACUGCACCAGCCCAUCAGAUCAUGGUGGAAGCAACUGAGAAUCCUGUCUUCCCCAGAUCUACAGUUAUUCAGCCAGAUUGCAGAUUACAUCAACCAAGAUCACCGCCAUCUUCUCAUCAAGAUGUUAAACAUCAACAAUCCUGGAGGAAUUGUAGGGGCCACAGUUUGGAGGCUAGAGAAGGGUUUCGACCGCCUCCUUACAAACCACGCACGGAUGCUUUUGAAACUGCUCAUGAAGGGCAUUCCAGACUUGGUAAUCGGGAUCAUCCAACUCAUAGAUCCCGUUCUCAUAAGACUAGGAACCCAACGUUUACUGCCACUGGUGCUGCGGCACCUACAUACUGCCAGCCUAUCACUACUGUAACCGCCACAGCCUCAGUUACUGUUGCUGUGCAUCCUCCCAUACCCAACCAAAAUGUAUUUGGAGGGCACCCACAUUGUGAAGGGUACAGUGGAACUGAUGAAGGAGCAUUUGUUGAUCCUCAUGUGCCUUUUAAUGCACGUUAUGAAAGAAGGAACUCAAAGCUGGAAGUUUUAGAGUUGCAGGACGUUGAAUGUGAAACACAGAGAAAUGGGAACAAAACACAUUAGUAUGGAAUUUAUGAUGCACAGAUGGCCAAAGAUUGGAAACUCUUCAUUUGCAUUGUCUGAUCCUUGAAGCUCCAAGGCUAUAAACACAAUACUGAACUAGGAAAACAGUUUACAGCAACUGUUAAUCAAUUAUAAUAUUUGUUAAAUAUUUCUUCUCUAAAAUAUUUAAAGGAUGUACACAUAUGUAUUAUACAAAUGUACAAUGUAAAGUAGUAUAAUUUUGGGAGCUGAAAAACUCCUGUGAAUGGAUUGGGAACAAUGUUGUAUGAUCUAUAUGUUAUGUACAUUGAUCUGUGUAUCUGUGCCACAUUUACGCUUAAUCUAGUCAUAAAUGUCAGCAUUUGUUGCUGCUGCUUAAGAUAUGUAUAAUUUACUUGUAUAAUUAUUCUAUGCAAAUAUUGCUC